UCUCUCAUCUGUGUAAAUCAAUCAAAUCUAUGGAUUCUGUUCUAUCUUUCCAAUAUUAUUUCCACGUCGGACGUUCGGCUAAUUUUGAGUUUGCAAUCGUUAAAAUGGUUCUGUUGUUUUGUUGUUGUCACUUUUUCUGAAGACAAAUUAACGGCGAUUCUAUUGUGGCCUUUGGUUGGUUGCUGUUGGUUUCAAAAUUCCUAGUAAAUUAUGUCAAGUCUGCCUAGAAGAAAAGCUGCUGAGAAUCUUCUUAAUAAAAUUCACCAAAAGCAGCUGACUGGAAAGUGGGAAAACUACAACUAUGGACAGGGUAAAGCUUCACUCUUUGGACGCCUGAAUGAAAGGCUAAUCUUUCAACUAGACAAAGUAAUUCCCAUGUCAGCCUUAGAAUCAGGACAUAUUCUUCUUGGGUUUUCAAAAUGUGCUCAAUUUUUGUUGACAUACACACAUUCAAUGGAGCUGGAAGUAAAUCUGCUGACUGUGGUCCACAAGUACAAGCUACAUUGGUGGAAUUUUGUGCCUUACAAACAGGCCAGCAAGGUUGCAGAGGUUACUUUAUUCAGCGAUCAAGGAGUGUCUCUAGCUCUGCAAAUAGUGUUGUGCUAUUGGCCAGGUGAUUCUACUCGUUUACUAGUCCAUGGAAGCAGCAUCCGGCCUGAAGGAGAAAGUCGCGAGUGUUAUUUAACCGUCACAUCAGUGCCAUCUGUAAAUUGUUCCGAUUGCCAUCGAAUCGCCCAGUCGUUUGAGGAUGAGGAUUUAGCUGCAAGUUGGGAUAGUUGCGUUCGUUUCAGCUGUCUUCGACACGGCUACACAAUCCAUAGCAAUUACUCAACUGUGCCGCCUUACCCGACUUUCAUCGGCUCUGUUUCUCUACGUUGCGACGGGACUAUAGUGAUCAACACGGCAAAUUUCUUGCAUGUCCUGUCUUUUCAAGUAGAAUUUCCGUCGGUUGGCUCUGAUGGCGAGCAAGACUUUCUCCUCUCCCAGCCAUUGGAUGAUGUGAAUCAACAACUCCCAACCAUUCAUCCUGAAUGGGAGGAUGAGUCCGAACGCUCGUAUUCUUUUUCUAACGUUCGAUCAACUUCCUCAACGUUCAGCGUCACUUCCAAUACGCCUAACAUGUCGCCCAACUUUACCUCGUCAAGCAAUCAACGAAAAUCUAUAAGUAGUCCUAUGCCUCAUGGCAACAGCAGCAGUAACCAAGAGUCAGAGUAUGAUUUCAUGGAAGACACCUCAGAACUCCCCCGUGAAACAAUCUCCGCAUUUCGUAAGCGUCGUCUCGCUGAUAAAAAGUACGAGUUUACAGACGAGAAUACAGAGAACAUCCCUCUGAAAGUAAUGAGGAAAAGACGCGAUCUCGAACACCAAUUACAGCAACAGCAGCAGCAACCCUUUGUAGUCGUCUCGGGUUCCAAAGAUGUCAAUGAAGAUUGGGAAUGGAACUUUAGUUGCACAGUUGGUACGAAUGACGUGCUCCGACCCUUUAAUUCCAACAUCCCGACUCCCAUCCGGUCUCCUGAUUGGGACCGACUUGGCGAACUAGUUGAGGAUAUCCGGCCGCCUAUUGAACCUCAAAGAGAACCUUCAAAGCUGGCUGAGCCGCCAACUUGCGUCGCUCAAUUUCAACGAAGAUACUUUGAAGUGGACGACGAACUAGUCAGUGUUAUUACGGAUAUUGAAGAUGAUGACCUCAGUAGCAGUACGGGCUAUCACAAUGCUUUGCCGUUAGAAGUUCACGGAGCUGGAUAUAAUCAAAUGGCCAUGGUCUCGAACGCUAAAGCCUUUCGACUGAAAUUACCUCAUGUCUGCGUUAAACAGAUGAGCAUAGACACUGAACAAUUUUGUCAUGAAAUGGCACAACGACUAUGCACUCAAGCGCAAAAGAAAUAUUGGUUUUGCAGUGAUUUCAACGUAGAAAUUAUCGAUUUAUGUCUCGAAACAAAUGACGUCGUAGCAGCUGCUUAUAUGCUUGUCGAAGCAGAUGUCCCUCGGACCAAUCAGAAAAUGCAACGAUGUUUGUGCCAAGCUAGCGUCUUUUUCGCCUGGAAUACGGAAACCGGACAGCAUCGAAUCAUUGAUUACGAUUUACCCGUUGAGAUUGCAACACUUUCUACCCAAAACCAAUCGGUUUCUACCAGAUCCGGUUGGCAUCCAGCCAAAGAUAUUGGCCGACGUUUACGAAAAGAACUCAUGACUCCAGAAAAACCCGUUUACACUCUGACAAACAUCCCCGAACUUACAGGGCGAUCGUUCAAUGUAAUCUAUGAUCCAUCUCGAACAUUCGCUAUUGUCUUAUAUGACAAGAAAUAUUAAAACGAUUAUUAUGUUACUAGA